AAAUUUUUGCAAUUUUAGAGCCCUUUUUCGACACGAAUUCAGGCUGACACGCCAGCGAGCGUUCGCCUUUUCUCCAGAUUUUUCGUGGAAAAAUACCAGAAAAUGUCGAGGAACAAGUCCGCGGAGGAAACCACCAAGCAGACGCGUAUCGCCAUUGUGAGCUCGGACAAGUGCAAGCCCAAGAGAUGCAGGCAGGAGUGCAAGAAGUGCUGUCCUGUGGUGCGGAUGGGGAAGCUCUGCAUCGAGGUGACGCCUAAUUCCAAGAUAGCCUCUCUGUCUGAGGAGCUGUGCAUAGGAUGUGGCAUCUGCGUGAAGAAAUGUCCCUUCGACGCUAUCAUGAUCAUCAACAUCCCCAGCAAUCUGGAUCAGCACACCACCCACAGGUACUCAAAGAACUCCUUCAAGCUCCACCGAUUGCCCAUCCCGCGUCCGGGAGAAGUGCUGGGUCUCGUGGGCCAGAACGGAAUAGGCAAGUCCACGGCGCUGAAGAUUCUCGCCGGGAAGCUGAAACCCAACCUCGGUCGCUACAACGAUCCCCCCGACUGGACAGAGAUUCUGGCGUACUUCCGCGGGUCGGAGCUCCAGAACUACUUCACGAAGAUCCUCGAGGACUCGCUGAAGGCACUGAUAAAGCCUCAGUAUGUGGAUCAGAUCCCCAAAGCCGUCAAGGGCACGGUGACUGAGCUGCUGGAGCGCAAGGAUGAGCGCAAGAAUCGACAGGAGAUCGCAACGACGCUGGAUUUGCUCAAGAUUACCGAGCGUGAGAUUUCCGCGCUGUCCGGAGGGGAGUUGCAGCGCUUCGCCAUCGCUAUGGUGUGCAUUCAGGACGGUGACAUCUUCAUGUUCGACGAGCCAUCCUCGUAUCUGGACGUGAGACAGCGUCUCAACGCUGCUCAGAGCAUCCGCUCGCUGAUUCAGCCGGAUAAGUUCAUUAUCGUUGUGGAGCACGAUCUGUCUGUCCUGGACUACCUCUCAGACUUUAUCUGCUGCCUGUACGGCGUGCCCGGCUGCUAUGGUGUCAUCACGAUGCCCUUCUCUGUGCGCGAAGGCAUCAAUAUCUUCCUGGACGGCUUUGUGCCAACGGAGAACAUGCGAUUCCGCACGGAAUCGCUCACAUUUAAGGUCUCUGAAUCCGCCACGGAGGAAAUCAAGCGCAUGAACCACUACAUCUAUCCGACAAUGAUGAAAUCCCUUGGAGAAUUCAAUCUCUCCGUGGAACAGGGACAGUUCAGCGACUCGGAAAUUCUCGUGCUCCUUGGAGAGAAUGGCACUGGCAAGACAACAUUCAUCCGCAUGUUGGCCGGAAAUCUAGAACCCGAUGAGGGCUCUGGCAAGCUGCCGGUGCUCAACAUCUCCUACAAGCCACAGAAGAUUGCACCUCGCCAUCAGGGCACCGUUCGGCAGCUGCUGGGCGAGAAAAUCCGUGAUGCUUACGUACAUCCACAAUUCAUGGCGGACGUCAUGAAGCCCCUCAAGAUCGAGGAUAUCAUGGAUCAGAAUGUGCAAGACCUCUCCGGAGGAGAGCUCCAACGUGUCGCCCUGACGAUCUGUCUGGGAAAGCCCGCUGAUGUGUACCUAAUCGACGAGCCUUCAGCCUAUCUGGACUCCGAGCAGCGUCUUAUUGCGGCGAAAGUGAUCAAGAAGUUCAUCCUUCACGCUAAGAAGACAGGUUUUGUAGUGGAGCACGAUUUCAUCAUGGCAACAUACAUGGCAGAUCGCGUAAUCGUGUUCGAAGGGAAGCCUUCUAUCAACACCACCGCCCACACGCCCCAAUCCCUCCUGAACGGCAUGAAUAAAUUCCUGGAAUUGCUGGAGAUCACAUUCCGUCGCGAUCCCAACAACUUCAGGCCGCGCAUCAACAAAAACAACUCCGUCAAGGACACGGAACAGAAGAAGGCGGGACAGUAUUUCUUCCUGGAGGAUGCAUAAGAAAACCCUACGUCUGUCCCCGGGAAAUGACACAAGAGUUGUACGCCGUCUUUUUGUUUUCUUCUGCGAUUAUGUUCUUUUUGUAAAAUAUUUGAUGAAUUUCAGUCUUAGCAAGAGAGGAGACAGAAGUUGUAUAGAAUCUUUCGUCUUUUGGGAAUCGACCUGGCACUGCAUACAUGGAUUCUUACAGAUAUUUUAACCUUUGUAUACACUCUGUGGAAAAUUGCGACUUGAAAAUAAAUAGUAAAAUUGUA